CCUCUUUUCUCUCUGCUUCAUCUUUAUCUAGGGUUUCCCUGAAAAUGGGAGAUUCGUUUCGAACUGAUGUCACACUGCCAAAGCUUCUGUACAAUAUAGGACAUGAGCCAAAUUCAGAUGUUAAGAUAAAUCAAUGUGCCAGAUACGAGUAUAUCGAUGAAGUACAAUGCAUCCUCUCUGCUACAGAGUUUCAGAGAAUCAGAGACUCGUUUUUAGGACCAGUUUUGAAGGCUACAGCAAGGGGAUUAAAUUUUUCAGGCAAGUUGAUCCAUUGUUUGUUGGCUAGAAGCUUAACGACAGUGAAGGAGAAGGAAUUGUGGUUUCAUUUUGGAGGCCAACCUAUGGAAUUCUCUAUUAGAGAAUUUCAUAUGGUUACUGGAUUGAAGUGUUCUCCACAGGAAGGUGAUGAAAAUUUGGAGCAUAAUCGCUAUGGUUGGGCAAACACCAAGCAGCAACACACAUCUGAUGAGCUCUUAGAGAUAUUGAGAAAUACUGAUAGAGAUUCAGUGGAAAAGAUUCUGCCUUGCUAUGCUCCUGUUGACUGAGUCUAUCUUUCUCAACAUGUACAAAGCACACCUUAAGAGAGCACAAGACGUGAAUCAGUUCAUCAACUAUCCAUUGUAUCAACCCAAGUGACUCCAUUUACGGGUACAAUUCCUUUCAAUAGUAUAAUUCUUUCAAUUAUACCCACGUGACAAAAGCAAAGAAUGACUUCUUAUUUUUUUAUAAACUUUAGUGAGCUUC